GCUCCAUACCUCAUCUGCUAAUUGGCGCCAGAUCACUGCAUUUGAUAGACCCUGAAAAGAAACAAGAUGCCGCAAAUCUUUUGUUGGGUGCAAUCAGCGAAGAAUUUAGUAAAACAAGAUCAUUAAACAAUUGUAUCUUUGUGUACGAGACUCUCGAAUCCUUUGAAUCUCCUAAAGCCAGUGAGUUUUUGGAUAAGUGCCGGGAGUGGUUCCCAAUAUCUACAUAUUUUCGCAAGGCAGAGUGA